AUGACGAGGCCGCGCGUCUCCGGCGGCCUUAUUGGCAGCGAAACUGCCCCCGGACCAGUUAUUGCCGUCCCGGCGGCUGCGCGGCUCGCGGCUCGGUCGUUAGCCGAACCCGCCGCAGACGACGCCGCCGCCGCCUCCACCACCGCCGCCGGCUGCACGGGUUCACCGGCCAGCGAGCUGAUAUUUCAGCUCGUUCCUCUGCCGCUGGCGGAUACUGGACAUACGGGCUUUUCCAGCGCACUGCCGCGCCUGGCGGCGGACGUGGCCCGCAGGCUGCUAUCGGGGGCGGAUCGCCGCGAGGUGGAUGGAGAGCGGCAGCGGCGGUGCGCGCCCUACUGGCGGCUAUACUUUUCUUCUGCCAUCAAUCCUUCAAGAGACAGCAUUUUAAUUAAACCGCUUAUCAGGCGCUGCGGCGGCUCCUCCGCCCCCACCGCCCCCGGCCACCCCGCCGAUUGGCCGCCUCCGCCGCCUCCGCCGCCGCCGCCGCCGCCGCCGCCAGCCACUAUCUCGCCCGCAAUGCCUGUUGUCACUCCGGCCCGGAGAGCCGACACUCAACUUAGAUGA